AUGAUGUUACAGUAUCUUUGUGUCAUCAGAGGAACCUGUCCAACAACACCGGCUCCAGGAACAGCAUGUGGAGUAAACCAAAGACGAUGGGUGUGCGGUACUCCUUGUGAACCGACUUGCGCUACACCAAAUCCAACCUGCGUUAAACGAUGCGUUGCAAACGUCUGCCAAUGUUCUGAGGGAUACAUCCGCUAUACUGGAGUUUGCAUUCCUAAGUCCGCUUGUCCGACUCCUGCUCCUACCCCUUAUCCUCCGAUCGUUGUCGUCCCCAUCUACCAAAGCCCUCCCGUAUACACUUGUCCCGUUUACCAAACAUACGCCCAAUGUGUCCCAUGCGAAAGAGCUUGUAACACCCCUUACUAUCUCUGCUAUCAGUACUGCGUCCCUGGUUGCACCUGUCAGCCAGGAUUCGUGAGGGACACGACGACGAAUAAUUGCAUUAACAGCUACUACUGCCCUCGUUAUCGAACCUACAACAGAAAAGCUAUAAAGGUUCAAAAUGCGGACAUCAACAGAAACUGA